UCUCUUCUCUUCUCUUCUCUUCUCUUCUCUUCUCUCAUCAUUGUCCAGUGGAUUCUUGGUCAUUUAUAUCUGAAUAAUGAUUUGAUGCACAUCAUCAUCAUCUGCAUAUUAAAUCAUUUCUCAGGUUUUAUUCUGAAGGAGAAUUUUGGAGCAGCUUUUCUAUUCAGAGAAACAGUGAAAUGCUUCUGCUCCUGUUCUCUCAGGUUCCUGCUGAUCAGAUCAUUUUACUUUAUAAUGAAACAGAAGAACACGCAGCAACACGCAGUGAUGAUCAACAUACCACAUAAACAAACAAAUAAACAAACAAAUAAAUCAAUAAUAUUAUUGUAAUUAUUAGUGGUAUUUGUUAGUAGUAUUGAAGCAGUAAUUGUAUUUGUUUUAGGAUGAAUGUUGUUAUUAAUAAGGUAUUAAUGUCUACUUCCUGUUCAAAAUGUUUCGAAAUGUGAAAUGUUAAAUCCUGACUCCUGAGAGAAAGUAGAGCAGGAGGUGAAAAAGCAGGUGAAGAAGAAGAAGAAGAAGGAGGAGGAGCAGGAGGUGAAGGAGAAGGUGAGAGUGGAGAAGGUGAGGGAACACAAGGUGGAGCAGGAGAUGUCUUUUUUUCGGAUGACGUGUUUGUGGACAUGUUAAAACCGGAAGACAGGUGAGAGCUUCAGGUAGCUUCCGAACAAAAUCAGACGGGAAUCAGCUCUCGAUCCCGCGGUCAGAAAGCCGAACAUGGAGAUCAGUCAGGAGUCCAUUCUGUCCCUGUUGCUGGAGAAAGAAGGGAAAAUGAAGAACUCGGAGCUUUUGGGUGAAUUUAAAGGCGUGUUGAACUGCAGCGAUUCUGCCGAGAAGAAACAGAACAGAGAUCUCUUCAAGAUGAUCAUCAACAACCUGGCAGUGGUGAAAGAGAUAGAAGGAGUGAAAACCAUCGUGCUGAGGAAGAAGUACCAGCAUUUACUGAAACCCAGGGCAGAUGAUGGGAGUGAAGAAAUGGAGGAGGGUGGAGGUGUGGAGACGGAGGGAGAGGAACUAAUCUCCGCAGCAGAGCAGACAGAGAACAGAGAAGUGCGGGAGAAUAAAACAGAUCCUGAGGAGAACAAAUCAGAACAGAAAACUCCCUCAGACAGUGCAGAGUUCUCAGAAAGCUCUCCAGCGCCCUCUUUCAUUCAGAUGGCUUUACAAAGACAAACAUCUACAAACAUCAAGGUAAAGAGGUCCUUAAACUUUACAACUUCUCUCAAACUAGCUCCAGAAGACUCACAGAAGCACAGCGCUCUCAGCGUCACAGAGACAAGCUCACCGAAACGUUACGCCCUGCCGUUACGCAUGCCUCCUGUGAUCAUCACUCCUGCAGUACAUGAACAGAGAGAAAAAAUAGACAUUCCCCCAAACAUAAAUAAUCCAGACAAGGUUCACUUGGCUCCACUGAUCUCCACACCAGGACCUCCAUGCUCCCCUCGAAACAAGAGACACUCAUCUGUGGACAGCGUGGGGAUCAGCUGCUCUCCACAACCACGGAGACAAUGCAAAAGUGCUAAACCUGUGGACGAGCCGAGAUACGACAGCAUAGUUCCUCUGGAAAGCUCUGAACACGAGUGGAUGGUGACGUCUGCGUCAGGGCGUUGGACUUCAGUGUAUGGUUUGCUGCUGAAUGACGCCCAGCUGGCGGAGAAAAGGGAUUUCAUUUCAGGCUUCAUGGCUCUCCACUGGGCAGCUAAGUGUGGAAACCAGGAGAUACUGUGUAAGAUCAUUGACCUGUCCAGGAAGAACGGCAAAGGUGUGGACAUCAACAGCAGGUCCUACGCGGGCUACACGCCGCUACACCUCGCUGCCAUCCAUGGCCAGGAGUACAUCAUAGGCAUCUUAGUGAACGAAUACGGUGCCAACUGUAAUGUCCGAGAUAACUCCGGGAAGAAGCCACACCAUUACCUGGACAAAGCUGCAUCCCAUUCCAUCCGGGAGCUGCUCGGAGGGGUGAAGGUGGUGCAAGCUGAGCCUCAGAAGAACCCAGAGGACACGGACACCCACAAGCACACUCACACCAUCAGCAGACUCUUCCAACCACAAACAAUAGGCUACAAGAAGAAGCCCAAAUCCAGGAGCACCUUCUCAUCUUUGGCUGAAGAUGUGAAAGAGGUCAAGAGUGAGCACUUGAACCCCAAGCACAGGGUUCUGUCUGAUGUAUUCUCCUGAAGUUCUCCACAUGUGGACAUCCAGGCUGUGUGACUGUCACUGCUGUGAUCCAACUGAUUUGAAUACAGUUUUAAUCUGUAAAUAAUUUAUUCCAAAGCAGAUUUUAAUUCAUUUUUAUAUUCAGAAUGAUUCUGGUCUAAGCUGCAGUUUGGUGUGGGUUAGGAAACCGUUCUGUUCCUGGUCUCACUCGUCUUGUGUAGCUAUCUCCACACGAUUUCCAUUUAUUGGAUUCUUUUUUUAUUAUUAUAGAUCUAACAAACUCCUGGUAAAUCUCAUGAGUUGCUUUUUUCUGGGUGUUGAGGCUAAAAAUAGAAAUAUAAAAAUCUAAAUAUGAAUUAUUGCUUGUAUAUUAAAAAUGAUGCUGUUUGUAAUCUAAUUAGUAAAAAUGAAUCACUUCAA